CAGAGAUACUUCAGCCUCAGUAGCCCACCAUGCAGGCUUCUCAGGUUUUGGAGACCCACCUUCCAGCCUCAAGAGAGCAUUUUGUGAGGAUCCCCUUCCAGGAUGGUGAGCAGGAGUUCUCUCUGAGCCUCGUUGUACAGCCAUCGCUGCCAUGGGACAGCCCAGAGAGUGAGGAGCAGGAGCGCUGUACUGAGCAUGCCCCGGUGGGACGCACCUUCAGCAGCCCAUUAUGCAGUGCGGUGGAGCCAGCAAACGAGGGAGAGCGAGAGAGGGAGCGCGAGGCAGAGCAAGAGAGAGAGCAGGCAUUUGCGUCCUCCGCGUCAGCAGCAGCAACACUAGCAGCAGCAGAAGGACCAGCACAGCAGCAGCAACACCAGCAGCUAGUGCCGCUCCCACCACCGCAUAACCAGCCCAGGCUGCCGGACGCAUCCUCUCCGAGGCACUGGGUGGAUGCGGUUUGCUGUAGGCAUGGCCCAAGUGCCGAGUCGUGCCCGCUGACAGCCAUGGGCAACCAGGAUGGGAAGCUAAAGAGGGCUGUGGGGGAGGCCAGUGAGGGGGUUGAGGACGCUGGGGGCCCUCGGGAGGCAGAGAGCACAAAGAAAGGAUUCCAUGGCAAGAAAUCGCAUGGUAAGCAGGCCAAGCCAGCGGAUGCCGGCAAGAAGAAAGCCAAAUCGGAGUCCAAAAGCUCUGUGUUCUCCAACAUCCGCAUCCGCAAGAACCUCUCAAAGUCCAAGGGCUCUGUGGGGGGAUCCAGGGAGGAUGUUCUGGAUACUCAGACCUCCCAGCAGGAUGAGCUGGACAGCACUCAGUCUGUGCAGACCAAAACCCCGGACAUCAGCCUCUCGGCUGAUGAGCUGGGCCCUUCAGACGUGGAACCGGAGCGCAUCCGUUUGGCUGUCGAAAGUCGGCAGAGCACCGUGGAGACCCAGGAUGGACAGAGAGCCAGCUCGGGCUCCGACACAGACAUCUACAGCUUUCACUCGGCUGCAGAGCAGGAGGACCUACUCGCUGAUAUCCAGCAGGCCAUCCGGCUACAGCAGGGGGUCAUUAUUUCCACAGGCGAGGGUUCAAGCUGGGAAGUGGAGUGUAAACAAAUAGUUUCCAUUGCUGCUACAGCAUCAGUUGGUGGCCAGGAGGCCGCAUUUGACCAAGAGAACGGCCUGGUUGUAGAGCACGGUUUUUUCUCAGACCUCGCAGAGGAGGAGAAAAAUGCCGCUGCCGGCAUCGUGGUAGCACAGCUGAAUGCAGAGUUCGCCGAGAGCGAGGAGGCAGGCCUUUGUGCUGUGGUGGGGACAAAGGAGACUGAGCUAUUGAACGAUAGUACUCAGCCCCCCGCAGCCGAGGAGGAUGGGAGAACAGUGAGCCCGGUUGCCAAGGCGACCAGAGCCAACAGCUUUCCUGACCUCACAGCCUCUUUUGAAAGUGCAGAAGAGCCUGCGGAGGAGGGGAACGGACCAGAUUUGAGUGAGAGCCUUUGUAAUGUAAGGGGGGAUCCAGAGGAUGGCCUCAGAACCCCUUUGAACGGCUCUGCAAAUGGCUCGGGGCAUGGGAGCUUUAGAGGCAGUGAGUCACUGGAGAGUGUGGCUGGAACAGAGCUCAGUGACGACCUCCCAGCACCUUGGCGGAGGGAUAGCCUGUCUUCCCAGUGGCCCCCAGAGAGCCCGCUAGCUACCCGUCUGUUGAAGUCAACUGUUACCACCCCAACAGUGAAGCCCUACCCCCCCAUCCACCCGUCCUACAUCAAGACAACCACCCGGCAGCUGAGUUCCCCAAGCCAGUCUCCGGCCCACUCGCCCUCCCAGAGCCCCCUUUUCCGGCGACGUGAGCACGAACUGGGGCGCCGGGCUGAGCGGCGGCGCCUCAAGAGGCAGCGUUCAAGGAGCCUUGCUGGUGUGCUGAGCCGCUCUGCAGACUGGACGGAUGAACUGAGCAAGCUGAAGCCCAGCAAUGCUAGCUCGGCCGACUAUCUGGAGUACGGGGGUUCUGAGGAGAGGCUGCGAGGGGGGAGCCAGCCCCUUUGCCCCACCCGUAGGUCUUCCUGUGCGCAGUCCUCCACGUGUAGCUUUCAGGACGUCUUCUCAGGGCGAACCCUGCUGGAGAGACUCUUCCAACAGCAGGAGGAUGCCCCACCUGAGGAGGCAGAGAGGCUCUGCUCACGCAUCCUGGCCAUGGGGCUCCUGUUACCAUUCAGCGACUGUUUCCGUGAGCAGUAUGGCGGGGGUGCUACACAAGUGACUUCCAAGUUCAAUCAAGACCAGCUGUAUACCUGGGCAGCAGUCAGCCAGCCCCCGCAUGCCUUGGAGCAUUUUGAGGGCCGUGUCCCGGGCCGCAUCCAGGCCUUGUGGCCUCCUUCGAAACCUGGAGGAGCUGAGCGUCCAGGGCUGAAGUACACAGAGGCAGUGACCCUAGAUGACAAUGAAGAACAUCAGGCCAUCAUCCUCAAUCUGAAGAAACAGCAGAGAGAGGAAAUCCGUGAACUGCAGGAGGAGUCUGUCUUGAAGACCGUGAAACUGAAGGACGAGCACGUCAGUGUCAUUCAGCAGCUUGAGCAGACCAUCGAGGAUCUGAGGACUAAGAUUGCAGAGCUGGAGAAGCAGUACCCCCUGUUGGACAGGGAUGCCACCACCACAAAGGACCAGGAGUGUGGAGGGGAAGAGGUGGAGCUGCUGGCCUUCUGUGACGUAGACCUGCAGACUGAAGGGACAGGACUGAGCUUUCUGGAGGCCAAGUCAGUACAGACGUCUCCCAUGGACGAGAGCUUUCAGUUUAAAGUGCCUUUACCGGAUAAAACUCCACCGUUGCAGCCUGCAGAAGAGGGCAUGUUAACCUCAUGCCCUCUGCAAGCCUCCUGCCCCACCCUGGGACACCCCCCAGAGACUCCUGUGCCCAUGUCUCCCAAAGCAGGCCCAGGUUUUAUCUGUACAUGCCAGCAGCAGCAGAGUGGGAUUCAGCCCCCACCAGCACCACCCCUUCCUGGGUUACCUGUACCUCCACCUCUGCCUGGACUUUCAAUGCCUCCACCCCCUCCUCCUCUCCCUGGGUAUGUUCUUCCCCAGCCUUCGCCUCCUCCGGAAUAUGUUAUGCCCCCACCACCACCUCCAUUACCUGGGAUAGCAGGGCCUGCUCUACCACCUUUGCCCAGCAUAGAUUCUCUGCCUCCACCGCCUCCUCUGCCGGGGAUGGGGGCUCCGCCUCCGCCGCCUCCUCUGCCGGGGAUGGGGGCUCCGCCUCCGCCGCCUCCUCUGCCGGGGAUGGGGGCUCCGCCUCCGCCGCCUCCUCUGCCGGGGAUGGGGGCUCCGCCUCCGCCGCCUCCUCUGCCGGGGAUGGGGGCUCCGCCUCCGCCGCCUCCUCUGCCGGGGAUGGGGGCUCCGCCUCCGCCGCCUCCUCUUCCCGGGAUGGGGGCUCCGCCUCCGCCGCCUCCUCUGCCCGGGAUGGGGGCUCCGCCUCCGCCGCCUCCUCUGCCCGGGAUGGGGGCUCCGCCUCCGCCGCCGCCUCUGCCCGGGAUGGGGGCUCCGCCUCCUGGUUGUGGUCCUCCACCACUAAUACCUCCACCCCCACCAGGUUCAGGUGCACCCCCUCUGCAGUUUGGAGUAGGAUCUCUUCCUCCCCCUCUGCCUAUGGGACUCUACACAUUGGGCUUGGUACAAGAAAAAGGGCCUCGGAAAGAAGUCAUUGAACCACCACGACCAAUGAAGCCUUUAUACUGGACCAGGAUACAGCUUCAUGCAAGAAAAGAUACCACUGGGCCAUCAGUGUGGGAGAAGAUAGAGGAACCAACCCUGGAUUUUGAUGAGUUUAUUGAGCUGUUUUCCAAAACUGCAGUAAAGGAGAAGAAAAAGCCUCUAUCAGAUACCAUCACCAGAUCCAAGACCAAGCAGGUAGUGAAGCUCUUAAAUAAUAAGCGGUCCCAAGCUGUGGGGAUUCUCAUGUCCAGCCUUCAUUUGGACAUGAAAGACAUUCAGCAUGCAAUCCUGAACAUGGAUAACACUGUUGUGGACCUGGAGACCCUGCAAGCCCUCUACGAGAAUCGUGCUCAGCAAGAGGAGUUGGAGAAAAUCGAGAAGCACAUGAAGUCAUCUAAAGACAAGGACAAUGCCAAACCCCUGGAUAAACCCGAACAAUUCCUCUAUCAGUUGUCACAAAUCCCCAAUUUCUCAGCAAGAGUGUUCUGCAUCCUCUUUCAGUCAACUUUCACAGAAUGUAUAUCUUCCAUUCUCCGCAAGCUUGAAACACUCCAGAAAGUCUGUAUGAUGCUGCAAAGCGGCCCUGGCGUCAUCCAGGUUCUGGGUCUGGUCCUUGCCUUUGGGAACUUCAUGAAUGGAGGGAACCGGACACGAGGCCAAGCAGAUGGCUUUGCUAUUGACAUCCUGCCGAAGCUGAAGGACGUGAAGAGCAGUGAUAACACAAGAAGUCUUUUGUCUUACGUAGUUUCUUACUAUUUAAGGCAUUUUGACGAGGAUGCUGGCAAAGAGACCUGUGUCUACCCUCUCCCAGAGCCCCAAGAUCUCUUCCAGUCCUCACAAAUGAAGUUUGAGGACUUUCAGAAGGACCUACGCAAGCUAAGAAAAGACCUCAAUGCAUGUACCACUGAGGCAGAGAGAGUGUGUGGCGUCUCCUCUGAGGAGCAUCUGCAACCCUUCAAGGACAACAUGGAGGCCUUCCUGAGUCAAGCAAAAACUGAUCUGGAGGCUCAAGAGAUGCAGCUGAUGGAAACUCAUAAAAUUUUCCUGGACUUGACGGUCUUCUUCUCAGUCAAGCCAAAGAUGGGUGAGAAGGAGGUUUCUCCCCUUACAUUCUUCUCUGUAUGGCACGAGUUCUCUACUGAUUUCAAGGACAUGUGGAAGAGAGAAAACAAACUGAUUCUGCAAGAAAGGCUCAAGGUGGCAGAGGAAUGUUUCAGGCAGGCCAAGGAAAAGGCUUCCUACAGCGUGAAACCCAAACAUGCCUCUGGAAUAAAAGCCAAACUGGGCAUGAAGAUUUGAUUGGAGAAAUGGGACAUUUUAUGGACUUCCAGGAAUCAACGGGAAAGCUACAAAAGCUGAAGUCUAGAUUUUAAACUUAGUUUCACGUAUUUCUGUCUGCACUGAGGAUGUGAUAACCCUGCCCACCAAAUCCACCGCUCUGGCUGUUCUACAGGAGCACAGCACUGAAGAUGAAGAGCCCCUACAGUUGGUCUGUCCACUUGGUUUCCAAAUGGUAGUAUUCUAACAUGACCUGGCAGAGCUUGGUGGGUUUAUGGCGUGUAAAGAAAAUCCAAUAUUGCUCCACGUGCCGAUACAGAUCCGUAAAAUGCAAAAUCAUAUCAUCUUGCCUGUGCAGGUCACUCCUAUACACCAGAGUCCCUGUAAGUACACUUUUCAGCAACCAGGGCAUUGUUGUGGGCCAUAGCCAGCACAAACGUGUGUGUGUGUGUGUGUGUGUGUGUGUGUGUGAGAGAGAGAGAAAAUAUGUCAAAAAGGUAUAAAUGUAUGGGUAAAAAGUGGCUUUGUGGCCCGCUGUAAUAGAAUGCAAGAAGUGGAGUGGAGCUGAUCUGAUGAGACUAAAUCCACCUAAUUAGCGGUGCCACUGCCCCUGUGGUCACAGUGGAGACAGCGUUGAUUUUAGCACACCAAUGUGACAUCCACAGCAGUGGCUGGGCCUCUCAAAUCCAACGUAAGCUGGAGUUUUUAGAUACAAAUCACCAGUUUUCUCAUAGUCCUUAAACUUGAAAAAUAAAUAAGAAUAUUAUGAAAUAUUUUCUGGCCUUCCACAGUGUCGUUCUGCUUGUAAGACACCAAUCUUUUAAGACUCAUAUGUUGUCGGUGUAGAUGCUGGUUUCGAAGCCCACCUGAGUGACAGAUCUGGGCUUCUCAAAUCCAGCAGUGAGUUCCAUGCGUUCUUCGAGUGCCACAUCGACUGAAGGUUUGGGGCACCACUUAUGCAGUAACAAGUCCUGCAGUACCAUAAGGGAGGCCACAGGGCAUGUGUCACAAAUUGUGACACUGACCAAUUUCUGACUGUUUGUCCUGUUUUGCAACUGCAGCGAAGGCUUAAUGUGAAAUGACAGCUAAUUGUCAUUUGUCAAGAUGGUUGCACAGGGAACCUUGAGCCACUUUGGGCCUCUGCUUCCACCCCUGCUGUGGUAUGAAACAUCACAUGGUAGUUAAAGCAUGGCUUGAGUGUUCUUUCUGAGGCCAGCCGUCACUUUCUGCAAGUGUCGUGUUCCUGGAUAUUCGUGGAAGCACCAAGUUCAGAUUCCAUACUUAACUCACUUAUUUAAAGAUGCAGUUCUAUGUUUUUAUCUGUGUAAAGUAGUAUUCAAAUCUUGUAAUAUAUCUUUGUUAAUUUUUACUCCUGUCUCAGCAUGCUGGUCCUGUGUCCAAUGUGACAGUCAUUAAAACAAUCCUGAAGUCUUUCAAGGUUGAU